AUGGCGCGUUAUCAGCAAUUCGAGCGCCUUCCAGCGACGCGAGAUCUCUUUAAGAACAGAAUCAGAACACUCAAGGAAUUCCGCGAAGUUCUCGAGGACUCGUAUUUCAUCGCACUUGACACGGAACAUGUUGCAAUCACGAGCGAGAGUGACCGUGUUCUCCACCAGGUUGGACUGGCGUUCACCAAGACACUAAACUCGAGGCAUCCUCCUUGCGAGGUGCUGAAACCUGGAAUCAUAAGGCCAAAACGACGCCUUUGGCAUUUCUUCGAAGAUAACGAUAUGAAAGGGCUCACUUUGAACGUCGACACGAGUAAGAAGCUUGGGGAUGAAGUCCUUCGCGUCGGUGGUUUCAAAGGCAUGCCUAUUCGUCGCCCCCAUCGCUUUGGCGAGGAGAAGACGGUCGACGUUGAGGACUUGGAGGCUUCUGUCGUGGAGUUCCUGUCAAACCUACCUCGCGACAAGAAGCUGGUACUAGUUGGGUUCGGAAUGGGAGCGGAAUGGCUUUACCUUUCGGCAAACUUCCCAGCUGCCAUACGCUUUUUCUCGUCCUGGGUAGAUCUUGGCGACAUCGUGGUGGACAUCACCUCCUCAGCACCUUCGUUUUUCCCAAGUUUGCAAUUUCUAAUACAGACCUUUGGCUACUGGCGGACAGAUGUUAGACCCGCAAGUCGACACCGCACUGGUGGCAACGCUGGCAAUGCUGACAAUGCUGGUGAUGAUGUCGUGACAACACUUGCUCUGGCACAAGCUCUCCUCGAAGAGAAGAACUACAGCGCGCUCCUCUUCGAUCAUGCGUGCUUCAGAAUAGCAAGUUGGGGCAAGCCCAGGCCUUUUUGUGAUUCAGCCAAAUGCUUCAUUGCGACCGUCAGAAGUGAGGCAGAGCUCCCGAACAGGAUUUGCACGGGCAUCAAGAUUGCGCGGCAAUUUAUCGACUUUCACCCGGUGGGUACUGGGCUGAUUUCCAGUGAGGUUGGAUUCAUCACUUUUGAGAGCCAAGAGGAACUGGAUCAUUUCAUUGGCUGUGUGGAUGGGAUGGUGCUGCAUACUGGCGAGACCCUCUCUGCUCAACGGUAUAUCCACAUCGAUACAAAGACGCCAGAGACGCCAGAGGACCAAAAGUUGAAAGAAGAGAAGCGCAUCAUGAGAAGGGUAAAGAGGGAAUCAAACAAUGACGAAGUUGUGGAGUUGGGGGGCCUCUUCUCUUGA